AUGUGCACUCUUCUGCUGACAGAGGGCUGUGGCCUGUCUUGUUUCAGUGGGGCUGUGGCCUGUCUUGUUUCAGAAUUUGGAGGUGAGUUGGCCUGGUUUUCAAUGUGCACUCUUCUGGUGACAGCAGCUGUGGCCUGUCUUGUUUCAGCAUUUGAGAGUGAGUUGGCCUGGUUUUCAAUGUGCACUCUUCUGGUGACAGAGGCUGUGGCCUGUCUUGUUUCAGUUGUUGGAGAGGCUUUGGCCUGUCUUGUUUCAGUGAACUGUGGCCUGUCCUGUUUCAGAAUGUGA